AUGUCUUCCGUAAUCGUAGCUGCAAAAAUUCCGCAGAACGCUGUAUUCUUUGCUGGUGAACAUUUUCGUUGUGAAAUCACUUUUAGUUGUCAACACCCUAAUGUGGAUAAUCUUUCUUCGGAAGACAAAUUGCAAGGUUCUUCAAAUAAGAAUGGAUAUUCAAAUCAUACGAGAUCUAUUAGUGAACCAAAAUCGUACGGCAAAAAACCUUCAACAAAACAAGUAACAAAUGGGAAUCCUUUAUCUGUGAUCGUCGAAAAUCCGUCCAUUCAGAAUAGUCUUGCCGGAGAUUUAGGUGAUUCUGGAAUGUUUGGGCUUCGAGGUUUGAUAAAGAGAUCGGCAUCACUUACUUCCAUUGCGUCUUCGACCUUUUCCCUGCUAGCCGGAGGAAGUGUUGAUUCUGAUUCUUCCUCAACCUCUCAUUCACUUGUUCAAAAUUCACCUUCAAAUUCAUUACAGUCAAACCCAGGAUGUGCGGAGGAGCACGAUUUGGAACGUGUAAAUGAUAAGACUGUUUUAACGUCUGAACUUCUUUAUUAUACAGAUGAGGAGACGGAUGAUGAUGGUGGAUUAAUUAAUUUGCAGCAAGCGGGUGCCAUUGAUAAUGUUUCUGUUAGUGAUUUAGAUACUUCUGAAUCAACGACUCCAAGGAGUUCGGUAGAUUUUUAUGGACUUGGAUAUUCUGAAGUAGGAAAUAAUGCUUGGGGUGGUUUGUUGUCGGAUUAUAAAAAGUAUGAACCCGGUAGAAGAUCAUCUACGGGAACGCGUUGUAGUUCCUCUCCAUCUCUUAGCCAGAAAUAUGAAACAUUAUUAUGGGGUUUUGUUCAAAUUGUAGGACAUUUCAUAAUAGAUAAUUCGUUAGUAAAAUCUAUUGAAUUUGAACCUUUGAAAACAAAGACAAUGUAUCGACCGGCUAGUGGGAGUGGAGCCGGAGGUGCCGUUGGGGGUGGAACUUUAGGAUUUUUUUCAACUAAUCCCUUGAGUCAUUCAAGUUUGGCGGAUCUUCAAGAACGUGCAGAUAGUAAAUCGAUACCUGUAUUCUCAACUCCUCCUUCAAUUUUAUUUUGUGAUUUACAUUUGGCACCUGGCGAAUCGCGAACUUACACAUAUGAGACUAGGCUACCUAACGAUUUGCCUCCGUCACAUAGAGGUAAAUCGAUUCGAUUUUUAUAUAAUCUGAUAAUAGGAACUCAUAGAGGAGGAAUGAAUCAUCAAUCAAACAUCGUACAGAUGCCUUUUCGAGUAUUUAAUUAUGUUUCAGACGAUGGCUCUCGUCCCAUCUAUGACUUGAUGAAUCCAGUUGUAAUUUACAAAGAUGAAGCUGUAAUAGCAUGUAAAGAAGAAACUCCAAAGCCGCAACCCAUAAAAAAAAGAGAUAAUAAGAAGCAAGGAUUUUUGGACUAUUUGGAAAAGUUGGUUCAAAGUUCAAACUCCGAGAUAUCAUCAUUGAUUAGCAAUGUAAACAAUGAUAGCAGUAAAGAUAGUGAUAUGUAUGUUUUUGUAGAGAAAGAGGAGAGUUCGGUGGCAAAUACUGCAACAAUUUUAUCAAAAAACAUGCGAAAAGCAAACUAUGAUAUUUGUAAAAAUAAUCAACGCGUAGCGCAAUUAUGUCUUUUAAAAACUUCGUAUCGACUUGGAGAUAUCGUAACAGGAACUAUAAAUUUCAAUGACGCUGUUAUACCUAGUUAUCAGGUAUCUGUGACAUUGGAAAGUAGUGAAAUCGUUGAGUCCUCUAUCGCGAAUCGUCCACAACAGCAAAUUGCUCGUACGACGAGAAAAGUUCAUGGGGAACAUCACGAAUUUUGUCUGAAUGCGGCACGGAUUAGCUUUGCAAUCUCGAUACCUACUAGUAGUACACCGGACUUUCAAACGACUGGCGAAUUCAUCACCGGACCCAAAGGUCAAUCGCCGCUAAUGCCGCUUAAUGCAGAUGAACGUCAUCAAUAUUAUCAAGCAAUUGAUGAUGUUUAUGUCGAAACGUUUGAUUGUGCUAUUCCUAUAAAAGUUUAUCCUACAUCAUAUACAUCAGCACGGAUAUUUCCCUCUCAUCAU